GGACGAAUCCUUCUUCACGAGGGAGGUUCGUUUUGAUCUUAAGACAAAAAGUGCGACGAUAAACGCUCUUAAAUUAUACGGAUAUAGUUUUAUACUUAACUUUGUUAACUGAAGAUCAUUAAGCAGACAACAGAAGUGUCAAAAAAACGACGCAUUGAUAUAUGUAGAGAACUUCCCAACAACAUGAUACGAAGCGAAAGUGAAAGUCGACUGUUAAGAAUAUAUAUGUAACUGUUAAGUGUGAAUAUGGACACAGAAAACACAGAAGAGGACAUGGAGAACAUGGACUGUGAACAGAUUAAACCAGUUGAAGAAAUAUCUCCAGCCCCCUCCUACCUGCCUCAAAAUGACCAGUCAAUACAUCAACCAAAACAGCAACUAAGAGACAGAACUCCACGCAAAAGAAGAAAUAAAAGGCUGAGACCAGAUGAAACAACAUCUCCUGCCCCCUCCUGUACAUCUCUACAAAGUGAUCAGUCAAUUGACCGACCAAUACAGUUUCAGAAAAGUGCACAAAAUAGAGUGCUGAGACCAGAUGAAACAACAUCUCGAGCCCUCUCCUGCACAUCUCUACAAAGUGAUCAGUCAAUUGACCGACCAAUACAGUUUCAGAAAAGUGCACAAAAUAGAGUGGUGAGACCAGAUGAAGCAACAUCUCCGGCCCCCUCCUGCACAUCUCUACAAAGCGAUCAGUCAAUUGACCGACCAAUACAGUUUCAGAAAUGUACACAAAAUAGAGUGCUGAGACCAGAUGAAGCAACAUCUCCGGCCCCCUCCUGCACAUCUCUACAAAGCGAUCAGUCAAUUGACCGACCAAUACAGUUUCAGAAAUGUACACAAAAUAGAGUGCUGAGACCAGAUGAAACAACAUCUCCUGCCCCCUCCUGUACAUCUCUACAAAGUGAUCAGUCAAUUGACCGACCAAUUCAGUUUCAGAAAAGUGCACAAAAUAGAGUGCUGAGACCAGAUGAAGCAACAUCUCCGGCCCCCUCCUGCACAUCUCUACAAAGCGAUCAGUCAAUUGACCGACCAAUUCAGUUUCAGAAAAGUGCACAAAAUAGAGUGCUGAGACCAGAUGAAACAACAUCUCCGGCCCCCUCCUGCACAUCUCUACAAAGUGAUCAGUCAAUUGACCGACCAAUACAGUUUCAGAAAUGUACACAAAAUAGAGUGCUGAGACCAGAUGAAACAACAUCUCCAGCCCUCUCCUGCACAUCUCUACAAAGUGAUCAGUCAAUUGACCGACCAAUACAGUUUCAGAAAAGUGCACAAAAUAGAGUGGUGAGACCAGAUGAAGCAACAUCUCCGGCCCCCUCCUGCACAUCUCUACAAAGCGAUCAGUCAAUUGACCGACCAAUACAGUUUCAGAAAUGUACACAAAAUAGAGUAUUGAGACCAGAUGAAACAACAUCUCCUGCCCCCUCCUGUACAUCUCUACAAAGCGAUCAGUCCAUCGAUCGACAUAUACAGUUUCAGAAAAGUGCACAAAAUAGAGUGCUGAGACCAGAUGAAGCAACAUCUCCGGCCCCCUCCUGCACAUCUCUACAAAGUGAUCAGUCAAUUGACCGACCAAUACAGUUUCAGAAAAGUGCACAAAAUAGAGUUAUUGGAAAGAAUGUUAAGGAGCCAUUUCGAAGACAUGAUAGUUCAUUGCGAACGGAAGUAAUGUCUCCAGAUAUUAGCACAUUCUCAGCCACUCUACUGACAGAGGAUCACUACAGAUGUUCAGUGUGCACAGAGAUCUUUAAGAAUCCAGUUUCUAUCCCCUGUGGACACAGUUACUGUAAACACUGCAUUGAGAUCUACUGGAACAAACCAACUCAAGCUGAAUGUUACGCUUGUCCUCAGUGCAGAAAGAGGUUCAGAGAUCGUCCUGUGUUAAAUGUUAAUGUGGCUUUAUCUAAACUGAUAGAGGAACUGAAGCGGGCUGGGUUUAGUCCUGCUCUUCCAUCUCACUGUUAUGCUGGACCUGAAGAUGUGUCCUGUGAUAUCUGCUCUGACAUGAAGCUCAAAGCUGUUAAAUCCUGUUUGACCUGCGAUGUGUCUUACUGUGACACUCACAUCAGACAACACUACACUGUACCAGCACUGCAGAGACACAACCUAAUAAAGCCCUACAAUAUAUCUAGUGACAGUAAGAUCCCAACAACAUCCAGUGCAGUGACAGGAUUUCAAGAAACGAUCAAAUUGUUGACCACAGAACUGAUUAAAGUGAAAUCGACCUUAAGAGAAAAGGAUUCACAAGCAAAACGCUUAUGUCAAGGAUUUGAAAUUCAUUGUAAUGUUUUCCCCUCUGAUAUUAUUGAAGUGGCUGCUCUUGGUCGUCCCUUGUGCAUUGGAAUGUUGUAUGACACUGAAAGUGAUUCUUACAGUCAAACUUCUUUUCUGUGGAAGGAUGGCAUUAUUGCCUCUAUGAGAGUGUCUCUGCCUCGGCCUCAAACUGAUGUAAAGGUUCUGGAUGGCGACUCCCUCCAGGACAGAUUCAAAGCUCUUGAAAUGUCUUCAGUGUUAAGAUCAAGAGCGCUUCAUGGACAGGUAGAAAUGAAUGGAGCUGCAGCGUUUCUGAAUCACCCAGUUCAGUCUGAGCAUCAGGACAGAGUCACACUGCACUACAAAACCACCACCAGACUGGACAUGAUCAGCCAAACUCUGUUACAGGAAGGAGUUUCUCCAUCACUUCUCAAUAUAACCACAGCUACACAUGUAAUCAUAGCUGUGAGCUACGGAGCCCAAGCAUUCUUUGUGUUUGAUAGUAAGAGGAUCAGUGCAGAGACAAAUACAGAAAUAAAAAAUGUUAUUAUGAAGAUGAUGACCACGUUCAGUGAGCAAGAAAUACUCUCAUGUUUAACAAACACAGAAAGAGAUGAUAGUAAUUUGUACACUUGUAAUGUGUACAUUGAUGUGGGCGACUGGAAGAGUCCAGUGUCUUUUGAUAAAGCUGUGGAGAUCUACAGUUCUCUGCCAGAGCUGCUUGGAUCUAAAGGUGAGAGAGCAGUUCCUCUGAAGGUCUGGCUUUACCCUCUGAAGAAACUGGACAAGACGUCUGUGUGUGCUGCUCUGAAUGGAGUCAGUAAAGGCUUGAUGUAUAGAGCUGAGAACGUCUUACAACAUCUGAAUAAACAGAUCAGAACAUGUCAGGAUUUAAUGACGAGCCCUGAUAAUCUAUGUGUGAUUAUUUGGUUUCCUGCUCUGAAAGAUAUAUUUGUUAAGUUUUCAGAGCUUCUGCAGAAAUACCAAGCAGAUUUUCAGGAAGAAAUCACAGAGAUUGCUGAAGACAUUCAAGUUAAAGAAGAGGAAGAAGAAAGGAGAAUUCAGCAUCUUCUAGAGCGACACGAGCGAUCACCAUUCAAUGCAGAGAACAUCUCCCAGUGGCUGGAGAAUAAAGACACUGAGCUGAAGAUACUCAAUGACUGUAAAGCUGCAGACAUCACUGUUGUGAAAACACAGACAGAGUUCCAGCAGAUCAUAAAUCACCCUCAGAUAACCAGAGUGAUGUGUUUCACUCUCACCUCACCAGAUGUUGAAGAUUCAUUCCUCACAGCUCUGAAGCAGCACAUUGAAUCUGAUCACAUUACACAAACAGAUUCACUCCAGUUCAAGCCUGUUAACAUCAGUCAGAAAGUGCUUGUUGACAUACAGGUAUAUAUUGCUUCUAAAGAGACAAAUGAGAAUGCAGAACAAACCAGAUUCAUUGCUGCAUCUCUACCGGAUGAAGGAUUUCCUGAAUGUUCUGUACGGUUUUAUUAUGAAGGGAGGAUUGUGAGCAGAAACAUCGAGUUUGGAGUGAAACCAGAUCUUGCUCAGAUAGAUCAAAUAAAACACAACAGUGUGUCCAUGAAGUGUGAUCAUCUGGACAAAAAAGACAUUGAGAGAUAUGUAGUGGAAUAUCAAGUUGUGGUGGAUGAUGAAAUAAACACGUGGAAACAGACCACUGUCUACGCUGACACUUUCAAAGGAAAGUGUGUUUUGUCUGGUUUAGAACAAGACACAGAAUAUCAGCUCAGAUAUGCAGUUUGUUACAACCAGAGAAUGAGCAAUUUUAGCUGGAUAGUUUCCUUGAAAACAUCUUCUGUAGCAAGACCAGGACAACCAUCUGUUACUAAACUGAGCAGAGACACUCUCAGAGUCGAGUGGUUAAAAGCUGAGGCGGAUGAAGAUUGUCCAGUUCUGCACUAUAUGGUCGAGUAUAAAGAAGCAGGACUGGAGGGCUGGUCCUCAGUACAAACACAAGCAUCUCAAUGUGAAUAUACUCUAACUACACCUCACAGCACCUGUUAUAGAGUCAGAGUCUCUGCAGUCUAUGAGCACAUCACCAGCAAACCCAGUGAAGAAACCUCUGUACCUGUGGAUGUCUGGAGAAUAAACCUCUCAGAGAGAAAGAGCUCCAUCCUCCUAGAAGUGCUGAAACUCCAAACAGAGAAGAAACCAGUAGAGCUGAUAGACUGGACACAUGAAGAGAGUGAAGUGAGAGGAUUCCUCCAGUGUCUGCCGUACAUCUCACUACUCGGGUUUAUUGAAGCACCAAAUGAAUCAUCUGAGCUGUGGAAAGAAAGCAAGAUAUUUAUAAAGAAUUUGUUUCUGCAAGCAGCUCUCUGUCAGAAAGAGAUCAUAGAAACAACUGUGAAGAUGCUGCUGUCAUCUGUUGAUUAUGGGAAGUGUGAUUUUCUGCUGGAUCUGUGUUCACAUGUGAAGAACUAUGAGAGAGAAACAGGCAAAAGUGUCCUACCAGCAUUACAGUCAAUAUAUCAUCAGUCAUCUCCUGAAGUCUGGAGAAUAAACCUCUCAAAGAGAAAGAGCUCCAUCCUCCUAGAAGUGCUGAAACUCCACACAGAGAAGAAACCAGUAGAGCUGAUAGACUGGACACAUGAAGAGAGUGAAGUGAGAGGAUUCCUCCAGUGUCUGCCGUACAUCUCACAACUCAGAUUUGAGAAUGUUUUCUUUGAGAAAAGAGAAUCUGCUGCUCAGUUUGUGGUGAAUCUGUUCACUGCAGCAUCAGAGUUUGAAACAAAUACAGAAGAAAAAUACACUGAACUAUUAACAUCUGUGUGCAACUACACAACUUUCCCCUUUGAUGAAGAAUAUUAUGAUGAUGAUGAUUUAGAGGAUCAGAUUGAACGCUGGGAUUUUCUGCUGUAUCUGUACUCACGUGUUAAGGACUCUGAGACAGGCAAAAGUGUCCUACCAGCAUUACAGUCAAUAUAUCAUCAGUCAUCUCCUGAAGUCUGGAGAAUAAACCUCUCAGAGAGAAAGAGCUCCAUCCUCCUAGAAGUGCUGAAACUCCAAACAGAGAAGAAACCAGUAGAGCUGAUAGACUGGACACAUGAAGAGAGUGAAGUGAGAGGAUUCCUUCAGUAUCUGGCGUACAUCUCACAACUCAGGUUUUCCAAAGACACUUUGAAAAAAGAAGAAAAGAAAAAGUCAUCAUUCCAGUUUCUGAUGAAUCUUAGUGUUGCAGCGUCAGAAUGUGACACAAAUAAAGAGAAGAAAUGCAGUGAACUAUUAACAUCUGUGUGCAACUACACAACUUUCCCCUGUGAUGAUGAUGAUGAUUAUUUUGAAUAUCAGAUUGAACAGUGUGAUUAUCUGCUGGAUUUGUGUUUAUAUGUAAAGGCCUAUCAGAGUGAAACAGGCAGAAGUGUCCUACCAGCAUUACAGUCAAUAUAUCAUCAGUCAUCUCCUGAAGUCUGGAGAAUAAACCUCUCAGAGAGAAAGAGCUCCAUCCUCCUAGAAGUGCUGAAACUCCAAACAGAGAAGAAACCAGUAGAGCUGAGAUGCUGGACGUAUGAAGAGAGUAAAGUGAGAAGAUUCCUCCAGUGUCUGCCGUACAUCUCACAACUCAGAUUAUCUUCUGUUCUAUGUAAGGAUAAGACAGAAGAGUGUUUCCAGUUUCUUGUCAAUCUGUUUAUUUCAGCAUCAGAGUUUGACACAAAUACAGGAGAGAUCUACUCUGAACUAUUAACAUCUGUGUGCAGCCACACAUCGUUUCCCUGUGAUGACUUAAUUCUCAGUGAGAAGUGUGAUUUUCUUCUGGAUCUGUGUUCACAUGUGAAGAACUAUGAGAGUGAAACAGGCAGAAGUGUCCUACCAGCAUUACAGUCAAUAUAUCAUCAGUCAUCUCCUGAAGUCUGGACAAUAAACCUCUCAGAGAGAAAGAGCUCCAUCCUCCUAGAAGUGCUGAAACUCCAAACAGAGAAGAAACCAGUAGAGCUGAUAGACUGGACACAUGAAGAGAGUGAAGUGAGAGGAUUCCUCCAGUGUCUGCCGUACAUCUCUGAAUUGAGGUCUCUUUUAUCGAGCAUUGAUUCAUUUGAGAAUCAGGAAAGAAGAAAGAAAUUACUAUCAUUCAAUCUCUGUCUACAAGAGCCUUCCUUACUGAAAGAAAUCACAGAAUCAUCUUUGGAGUCAUUAUUUUCUUAUAUAUACCAUGGAAACUGUGAUUUUCUGUUGGACUUGUGUUCACAUGUGAAGAACUAUGAGAGUGAAACAGGCAGAAGUGUUCUACCAGCAUUACAGUCAAUAUAUCAUCAGUCAUCUCCUGAAGUCUGGAGAAUAAACCUCUCAGAGAGAAAGAGCUCCAUCCUCCUAGAAGUGCUGAAACUCCAAACAGAGAAGAAACCAGUAGAGCUGAUAGACUGGACACAUGAAGAGAGUGAAGUGAGAGGAUUCCUCCAGUGUCUGCCGUACAUCUCACUACUCAGAUUUAUUAAACCAUCAAAUGAAUCAUCUGAACUGUGGGAAAAGAGAAAAAGAUUAUUUGUACUGGAUUUGUGUCUGCAAGCAGCUCUCUGUCAGAAAGAGAUCAAAGAAACAACUGUGAAGAUGCUGCUGUCAUCUGUGAAUUAUGAGAAAUGUGAUUUUCUGCUGGAUCUGUACUCACAUGUGAAGAACUAUGAGAGUGAAACAGGCAAAAGUGUCCUACCAGCAUUACAGUCAAUAUAUCAUCAGUCAUCUCCUGAAGUCUGGAGAAUAAACCUCUCAGAGAGAAAGAGCUCCAUCCUCCUAGAAGUGCUGAAACUCCAAACAGAGAAGAAACCAGUAGAGCUGAUAGACUGGACACAUGAAGAGAGUGAAGUGAGAGGAUUCCUCCAGAGUCUGCCGUACAUCUCACAACUCAGAUUUAUUGAACCAUCAAAUCAAUCAUCUGAGCUGUGGAAGAAAAGCAAGAUAUUAUUUAUAAAGAAUUUGAUUCUACAAGCAGCUCUCUGUCAGAAAGAGAUCAAAGAAACAACUGUGAACAUGCUGCUGUCAUCUAUGAAUUAUGAAAAGUGUGAUUUUCUGCUGGAUCUGUGUUCACAUGUGAAGAACUAUGAGAGUGAAACAGGCAGAAGUGUCCUACCAGCAUUACAGUCAAUAUAUCAUCAGUCAUCUCCUGAAGUCUGGAGAAUAAACCUCUCAGAGAGAAAGAGCUCCAUCCUCCUAGAAGUGCUGAAACUCCAAACAGAGAAGAAACCAGUAGAGCUGAUAGACUGGACACAUGAAGAGAGUGAAGUGAGAGGAUUCCUCCAGUGUCUGCCGUACAUCUCACAACUCAGAUUUACUGAUGAUUUGUGUCAGAAGAGAGAAUCUGGUGUUCAGUUUCUGGGGAAUCUGUUCACUGCAGCAUCAGAGUUUGACACAAAUACAGAAGAAAAAUACACUGAACUAUUAACAUCUGUGUGCAGCUACACAACUUUCCCCUUUUAUGAAGAAUAUUAUAAUGAAGAUGAUGAGUAUCAGGUUGAGCAGACUGAUUUUCUGCUGGAUCUGUGUUCACAUGUGAAGAACUAUGAGAGUGAAACAGGCAGAAGUGUCCUACCAGCAUUACAGUCAAUAUAUCAUCAGUCAUCUCCUGCAAUGUGGACAAUAAACCUCUCAGAGAGAAAGAGCUCCAUCCUCCUAGAAGUGCUGAAACUCCAAACAGAGAAGAAACCAGUAGAGCUGAUAGACUGGACACAUGAAGAGAGUGAAGUGAGAGGAUUCCUCCAGUGUCUGCCGUACAUCUCACAACUCAGAUUUAAAGAUCUUUGGUGUCAGAAGAGAGAAUCUGCUGCUCAGUUUCUGGGGAAUCUGUUCACUGCAGCAUCAGAGUUUGACACAAAUACAGAAGAAAAAUACACUGAACUAUUAACAUCUGUGUGCAGCUACACAACUUUCCCCUUUUAUGAAGAAUAUUAUAAUGAAGAUGAUGAGUAUCAGGUUGAGCAGACUGAUUUUCUGCUGGAUCUGUGUUCACAUGUGAAGAACUAUGAGAGUGAAACAGGCAGAAGUGUCCUACCAGCAUUACAGUCAAUAUAUCAUCAGUCAUCUCCUGAAGUCUGGAGAAUAAACCUCUCAGAGAGAAAGAGCUCCAUCCUCCUAGAAGUGCUGAAACUCCAAACAGAGAAGAAACCAGUAGAGCUGAUAGACUGGACACAUGAAGAGAGUGAAGUGAGAGGAUUCCUCCAGUGUCUGCCGUACAUCUCACAACUCAGAUUUGAACAAGGUGUUGGUCAGUAUAAGUCUGAAAAGUGUUUCCAGUUCCUCGUGAAUCUGAGUGUUGCAGCAUCAGAGUUUGACACAAAUACAGAAGAAAAAUACACUGAACUAUUAACAUCUGUGUGCAGCUACACAACUUUCCCCUUUGAUGAAGAAAAUUAUAAUGAAGAUGAUGAGUAUCAGAUUUAUCAGUGUGAUUUUCUGCUGGAUCUGUGUUCUCAUGUGAAGAACUAUGAGAGUGAAACAGGCAGAAGUGUCCUACCAGCAUUACAGUCAAUAUAUCAUCAGUCAUCUCCUGAAGUCUGGAGAAUAAACCUCUCAGAGAGAAAGAGCUCCAUCCUCCUAGAAGUGCUGAAACUCCAAACAGAGAAGAAACCAGUAGAGCUGAUAGACUGGACACAUGAAGAGAGUGAAGUGAGAGGAUUCCUCCAGUGUCUGCCGUACAUCUCACAACUCAGAUUUGAACGACGUGUUGGUCAGUAUAAGUCUGAAAAGUGUUUCCAGUUCCUCGUGAAUCUGAGUGUUGCAGCAUCAGAGUGUGAAACAGAUACAGGAGAAAAAUACACAAAACUGUUUACAUCUGUGUGCAACUACACAUCUUUCCCCUUUGAGGAGAGAAAUUUUCAUGGGUUUCAGUUUAACAUUGUUCAAUCAGAUUUUCUGCUGGAUCUGUACUCACAUGUAAAGAACUAUGAGAGUGAAACAGACAGAAGUGUCCUACCAGCAUUACAGUCAAUAUAUCAUCAGUCAUCUCCUGCAAUGUGGACAAUAAAGCUCUCAGAGAGAAAGAGCUCCAUCCUCCUAGAAGUGCUGAAACUCCAAACAGAGAAGAAACCAGUAGAGCUGAUAGACUGGACACAUGAAGAGAGUGAAGUGAGAGGAUUCCUCCAGUGUCUGCCGUAUAUCUCACUGUUGAGGAAUUCUGAGAAGUGUUUUCCAUCAGUGUGUAAAGAGUUUGGGCUCAAAGUAAAGAGAGAUCAGGUGACUCCUCUGCUUCAGACUGUGAUGUUUACAGUCACUCUGAGUGGAAAAUUACCCAGCAGCACCUGCAGAUGUGUGGGGAGAGUACUGAGUCUCUCACCUUCCACACUAAACCUGACUCUAAAACCACAAGCCAUCUCUCUCAGAGGAGUCAGAUCACUCUUCAGACACAUCACACACCUGCAGAGACUCAGUCUUGAAGACAGAAUGGUGAUGAUGAUGGUCAGAGCUCUGAGGUCAUUUAAUGGUCAUUCUCUACUAAACACAGAUGAGCUUUCAGUGGUCACUAAAGACUCAAAACUAACUCACAGUAGGAUUGUGAGCAGCUUAACUUCUCUCUUGAGACGACUGUCUGUCAGAUGUCUGGAUCUCACUGAAUGUAAACUAGAGGCUGUGUCUGUCACUGCUCUGUUGUGUCUUCAGGGACUCCAGACUAUCAGGCUAUCUGAAGAGACUUCUAAAAAGCUGGUGUCAGUGGUGUGUGAAGCACAAGAUGAUGAACUGACACGCUGCUUUCUGGAGAAAGUGUCUAAAGGUCUGACCUCUUGCUCACUGACCUGGAAACAGAUUCAGUAUCUGCUACAACAUCAAACUCUAGAUUUCGACUUCAGGAAAAGCAAAAUCUCCACAGAAAACAUCAGAGAACUUCUGCCUUGUUUAGGAAGAGUUCACUUAAAGAGGUUGACCCCCAGUUUUGUUCUGUCCAUCAUUAUGGAGAUUUAUGAGAGUCGUUCUCCUCAGUAUGUGUCUGGUCUGUUGAGUUCUGCUGAGAAUCUCAUUAACCUGAGGAACAAAGUGUUGAAUUCAGUUCAGUGUGCAGCUCUGCGCUUCACUCUUCAGCACUGCAACACUGUCAAACUCAAUCUGUUCUGGACCUCCAUACCAGAUGAAGAGCUAAAGAGCUUUCUGCCUCUUCUCAACAGACUCACACAACUCAGUGUUGACAGGCAGCUGUUGCUGAAGCUGCUUCAUUGCUGCAGUUCCUCUGAUGAUCAGCAGGAGGCAGCAGAUCUUCUGCUCUCUGCUCUUCACAACAGACUGGAUUUCUCCUGCUGCUCUAUUCAGGAUCUGACAGUCACAGAGGAGAAUCAAAACUAUUUAAAUCUGACCAAUGAAGACUGUAAAAUGAUCUCAUCAGUGCUCCAAAAAAACAAAAGUGUUGUGAAGUUGGUUUUAGAGGACUGUAAAGUCUCAGAUACGGCCCUGAAACAACUUCUGCCAAUUCUGUCUCAAGUUCAGCUCAGCUGUAGUAAAGAUUUACUUCUACAGUUCAUGACGUGUAUUAGUGAAGAUACAGAGAAAGGAUCUGUGAGGUGGACUCGAGCUCUUUCACAGGCUUUAGGAGAAGAGCUGGACCUCAGUCACACUCAGAUGGAUCAGAGAGCUUGUAAACAGCUGGCGGUGUUUCUGGAAUAUUCUGAUGGACUGACAGAACUGGACCUCAGUCACUGUAAACUCACUGAUCAAUACAUGGAGACACUGUUACCACAUCUACACAAGACUCAGACUCUGGAUCUGAGUUACAACAGUAUAACUGAUGAACUUACAAACAGAAUCCACAGUGUUGUUUCCACUCACAACAAUAUUCAGACAGUACGACUCUUUGGAAACAGAAUCAAAGACAGAAAGCUGUUUUUUAGAGACAAGAGAUUUGAAAUAUGGUGAAGACGCUGAACUGUAACUCCGUGUCAUCAAGAGGAUGUAAAUAAAUUUCAAUGUGCACCUCUGUAUAAAACCUGUUUAUAUUUAAGAUGCAAUCUGUAACCCAUUUGGGUAAAAAUAACAAAGAUCAGUAACUGAUCAAGCACAUAAAAAUCAAAGUUGAAAACAUUGUUAUAAUGUUUAUUAUAUAAUAAUGAUUUAUAAAUGAAGAUGUUGGGUGUGACUGCAGUAUUGCAGCUGUAUAAUGGCAGAACUGUAAACCUACAUAAUAAGUGUUUUCUACAAUAUUUAUUCAUUGUAUGUCACCAUAACUAAUAAAAUGAUUUAAACAGCUCAA